CACUAUCCCCAAAUUACAGGAUAGCUACUUAUAAUUUGUCCUUUUCUCUUUCCUUUUUUAUAGUUAAGAACUAGAGGAGCUACACAAAGCGCCAGGGGAGGGGGAUAACUCGACCUCAAGAAUCACUUUUAGGGAUAUUCCAUCUCAUAGAAUGGAUGUUGAAGGGUGAGAGAGGGUUUAAGAGUGUUGGAGGUAGAGGAAAGAAGAGUAGUACAAAAGGUAGCCUAAGGGGUGGUGCUUUUUGGUUCUUGUGUCGACUUUCUAUAUGGUACUGAUCAUCACGAGGGGAGAAAGUAAGCUGCUUGUUAUACUACUAGUUGCUACGCUACCAUCAGAAUGUGGAGGCUUAAAAUUGCCCAAGGAGGUGGCCCUUUCAUUUACAGCACCAACAAUUACAUAGGACGACAGAUUUGGGAGUUCGAUCCCAACUAUGGCACACCAGAAGAAAUUGCCCAGGUUGAACAGGCUCGCCAGGAGUUCUGGAAUAAUCGCUUCAAAGUCAAGCCCGGUGGUGAUGUUCUAUUGCGCUUGCAGCUCUUGAAAGAAAAUAACUUCGUUCAAACCAUACCACCAGUUCGGAUCGGAGAGGAUGAGGAGGUAAGUUAUGAAGCUGCUACUGCUGUACUGAGGAGGGCCGUCCGGUUCCAUGCAGCACUCCAGGCGAGCGAUGGCCAUUGGCCGGCUGAAAAUUCGGGGAGUAACUUCUUUGUUCCUCCAUUGAUCAUAUGUUUAUACAUCACCGGAGAUCUUAACAAAAUCAUCUCAGAGGAACACUGCAAAGAGAUUCUUCGUUAUAUAUACAAUCAUCAGAAUGAAGAUGGAGGAUGGGGACUACACAUAGAGGGCCAGAGCAUCAUGUUCUCUACAGUUCUGAACUACAUUUCAAUGAGGAUUCUGGGAGAAGGGCCUGAAGGAGGCCGAGACGGGGCCGUUCCCAGAGCACGCAAAUGGAUUCACGACCAUGGUGGUGCAACUUCAAUUCCCUCUUGGGGAAAGGCUUGGCUCUCGGUAAUUGGAUUAUAUGAAUGGGAAGGCAACAACCCAAUGGCACCAGAAUUUUGGCUUCUUCCAUCAUUUUUCCCUUUAAGCCCAGAAAAUUUGUGGUGCUAUGCUCGGCUGGUGUACUUGCCCAUGUCCUAUUUAUAUGCAAAGAGGUUUGUUGGCCCAAUCACACCUCUCGUUCUUCAACUGAGGGAAGAGAUUCACAGUGAACCUUACCAUAAAAUAAGAUGGAGUAAAACCCGGCAUAUGUGUGCAAAGGAAGAUUUGCACUAUCCUCAUCCCUUCAUACAAGAUUUGCUGUGGGAUACUCUCUACAUUCUUAUUGAGCCUCUUCUAAUGCGUUGGCCCUUCAACAAAUUAAGGGAGAGGGCCCUCAAACAAACAAUGAAGCACAUCCACUAUGAAGAUCAAAACAGUCGAUACAUUACCAUUGCAUGUGUAGAGAAGUCAAUUUUAAUGCUUGCAUGUUGGGUGGAAGAUCCAAAUGGGGAUGCAUACAAACAUCAUCUUGCCCGGAUUCCAGAUUAUAUGUGGGUUGCUGAAGAUGGAAUGAAGUUGCAGUGUUGUUCUGGCAGUCAGUCAUGGGAUGCUAGUUUUGUGGCUCAAGCUAUAAUGGCAAGUAAUCUUUCUUUUGAUGAAAUUGGGCUUUGUCUUAAGAAAGGACAUGACUUCAUUAAAAAUUCACAGGUUCGAGACAACCCAUCUGGCGACUUUAAAAGAAUGUAUCGUCACAUCUCAAAAGGAUCAUGGACGUUUUCAAAUCAAGAUCAUGGGUGGCAGGUCUCAGAUUGCACAGGAGAAGGCCUAAAGGCUUGCCUCAUGCUUUCACUAAUGCCACCAGAAAUUGUUGGUGAGAAAUUGGAAGAAGAGAGAAUAUUUGAUGCUGUGAAUAUUCUCCUUUCCCUACAAAGUGAGAAUGGUGGCUUACCAUGUUGGGAACCAGCGAAAUCAAAAAAAUGGUGGGAGCUAUUCAAUCCUACAGAGAUUUUCUCAAAUGUGACCAUCGAGAAUGAGUAUGUUGAGUGCACAGCAACAACAAUCCAAUCAAUAGUAUUAUUCAUGAAGUUAUAUCCUAACCAUAGAAAAGAAGAAAUAGAAAGUUUUAUCUCAAAAGCAACACAUUAUAUUGAACAAAAGCAAAUGCCUAACGGUUCAUGGUAUGGAAAUUGGGGAAUUUGUUUUAUCUAUGGUACAUGGUUUGCUCUUAGAGGACUAGCAGCAGUAGGGAAGGGAUAUGAUGAUUGUGUAGCUGUUCGUAAAGGUGUUGAUUUUUUAUUAUCAAUACAAAAAGAAACUGGUGGCUGGGGAGAGAGUUAUCUUUCAUGCCCAAAUGAGGAAUACACUCCUCUAAAAGGUGGUAAAACAAAUUUAGUUCAAACAGCAUGGGCAUUGAUGGGUCUCAUUCAUGGUGGACAGGCUGAGAGAGAUACAACCCCAUUGCAUCGUGCAGCAAAGCUAUUAAUUAAUUCACAAAUGGAAAAUGGGGACUUUCCUCAAGAGGAAAUUACAGGAGCCUCUAUAAAGACUUGUAUGAUACACUAUGCAACAUACAGAAAUAUAUUUCCACUAUGGGCACUUGGGGAGUACCGUACACGAGUUUUUAAACCUUCCAAAAUCCUCCAAAAUUAAGUCACUCAUUCUACAAUUAUCCUUAUAUAAAUAAAGGGGAAGAUAUAUGAUACUGAAAAGACAUGGUACUUGAACAAUUUUGACCAAUCAAAGUGCCUCCAUCAAUUUUGAUGAAUAGCGCCUGAUUGAUCAUCUCUUUUAUGAAAUCAGUUGAUCAACUGUAGGUUUUUUCUGGUAUCAUAGUCAAAUAAAUAAAGUGAUGAUAAUCUUUCCAUUUGGCUUUU